AUGUCAUCUCCAGCUGAGCUUCGAUACUCCCAGGCGAACUUUUUGGCUCGCUGCAUGCCAAGUAGCACCAGAGCCGGGGUGAUUCUCAGCCCUUGCCCAGAGUUGGCUGGCUCCCUGAGGUACGUCUCCUCGGUUGGAGCCUCUGGAUCCCCACCACUGGGACCAGACGACUCCUUCGCCUCCGAUUUCGCCCCCCUGCCCGCCUCUACGGACAGCAGCUGUGUUUAUGUGGAUGGCUUUGCUGGAUUACCUGGAGGAGAGAGGGCUGGGACUGACAGGCUGGUAAACGGGGUGUACUCGCUUCCUCCAGGAAAUUUAAAUGGAGAGUUGGACAGUUUGGAGGAGAUGACUAGCAGAGAUGAGGAGCUGCCCGUGAUGAUGAAGCUAGAACAGUUGAGGAAGUGGCAGCAGCACAUGCAGGAGCAGCUUAAAGCCCACCAGCUAGAGGAACUCCUUCGCCUCCAGGAGGAGCAGCAGAAGCUGCUGGGAAUGAUGAAUGGAUCCCAGCACUGCAUUGAUGAUCACACACAGAGUUCAGGGCUGUCAGGAGCCGAGUGUGAGGAGGACACACUCCAGCAGGGCUUGCAUCACAGACAGAAUCCAUACAACCCCACCAUUAACUGCCAUGGGUUCCCAAAACCCUCUAACUGUGGCCCCCAACAGGAGCAAGAGCUCACACAGGCAGGAAGACAGGUGCAGCUACCAAGGAGUCAAAAUCUUGAAGAGGUGUACGAUGAAAAAGAGGUUCCAACAGAUACAUGGAGCUCCAUAGAAGAUGACCAGGAACACAGCAUUGAUUAUCAGGAGAAUGAUGCCACAUUAAUACCAAGAAAUGGCACGGAUUUGACUGAAGACUCUAGUAAUAAAGAAGACACACUCUUACAGGACAGACCUAUUAAGCCAGGCAUUGGGGGUCAGAAGCAGACGUUUGAGGAGCUGUUGGAGGAGCAGUUGAGGCUGGAGGAGCAGAGGCUGAAGUCUGCCAGGAAGCAACAGAGUCAAGGUGAAGCUGAAACUGUGAAAGCUCCUCCCAAAAGAGCCUUUCUGAAGCGGGGCGAGGGCCUCUCGAGAUUUACCAACAAUCGCAAAGCUUCUUUAACUAAGAAGGAGGUGAAAAAAGACUCCAAAACACAACCCAAGGCCCGAGUCAUCUCCCGCAGCAACUCAGAGCCUGCAUCCUUCCAGAGAGGUGGCACAAAUGGACUCCAGCGUAAAACCGUCAUACUUAACAAGGAAAACCGACUGAGAGGAUCUAGCUCACCACCUCAGGACGUCAGAUUUGAGAGUAAAGCAGCACGGACAAAAGUUUUGGGCAGCCUUCAAAGACGAAACACAGACGGAGCAGAGUUUAUUCAAUCUGACACAGAUGGCAGACAAACCAAACAAUAUCAACCGGGGCAAGUAAAGGAGCAGAGUGUCAGAAAAGCAGGUCAGUCGGCUCAGGCUGCGAGGAGACCCGCUCAAAACACGCAGCCGAACCCUGUAACCAAGCAGGUGGGCUUGUUAAGAGAGCUGAGUAAGGCUGAAAAUGAUGCUGCCAGAGAGAAAAGUUCAAGAGUGGAAUUACUGGAAAGAAGAACAGGGUCAGAAGAAGGAGGAGGAGGAAGAGGAGGAGAAAAAGUAGCUCCACAGGACCCGUUUGAGCUGUCAUUCCAGGAGAAACUGCAGCGUUGGGAGUGUAACCAGCAUGUUGAAAACAUGGAGCUGGGAGAGUUCGAGCUGCUGGAGCAAGCGGCAGAGGAGCUGUCCUUCUCAUCCAACUCCUCCUUUGUUAUGAAGGUUCUUCUAAUGGACCAGCAGCACCAACAGCUGCACGGCGCCAAGGGGCUCCACCCGCGACGCCUGUCAUCUACCCCCAUCAAGUCCCCUCCCAGAGUUGCACUCCAGAGGUGCAGUAUCGUUGGACGCAGUGGCGUUACGGUGUCUAAAAGCAGCUCAGUGAACUCAGCAGCAUUUGUGGCGAAGGUAAUAGACAAUACAGUCAAGGACAAAGUGAGCAUUGAGAAUGAGGAGGACCGUGACAGCGGGAGAGAAGAGAAACAGGAGAACUGUGAUGUGUCAUCCUGUGGCGGCUCUGAAUUCGAAGUGGAGGAAGUGACGGUCAAGGCACCUAUGUUUCCCAGCGUCCUUUGCUUCCCUGCGCCGUCUAACCCACCAUACGACAAGCGAUCUUAUCAAGACGAGGACAGCUGCAGAGACUCGGCUUCAGAUGUGACGCAAGGGGACGAGGAGGAGAGCGACAGCGUCCUCAGCAACACAGAGGACUCCACGCUGAUAGAGGACAAAGAAGGCCGGCAGGAGAGAGUCGUGUUUGACGACGAUGACACGUGGAACGACCUGGAGGUUACUCCCAUCGCCAUUGACAGUAGAGGAGCGAGCCCAGUUUCCAAGGAAACGGCCAGUAGAAUGUCGCCACCAGAGCGGACUAUGCAGAGAAAGGUGGCAGUGACUAAAGUUGUGGAUUUGGACAUGGGCACGGUCACCAGUUCAGUCAGUCAUGAGCCAGAUCCUCCUCCUCCUCUUCCUCCUGCCUCCCAGCUCAUGACAAGACUCUUCCCCUCACUCAAGCCAAAGACCCUGAAUGCACCUCUUCCUCCUUCUGCUGUUACCUUUGCUGCUUCUGAGUCCAGAAAGGCAGAAGAGGAGACAGGCCAGCAGAUACAGUCUAGACAGCUGAGGGAGAGACUGGCUGAGCUGGAGAUCGAGAUCGAGCGCUUUAAGAAGGAAAAUGCCGCCCUCAGCAAACUCAGACAGGAGAAUGAGAAGAACCAGGAAAACCUCAGGAAGGAGCGUCUGGAGUUUGAGCAGAUGAAAACAGAGGAGCUGGCUAAAUUUGAGGAGUACAAGAGAGAGGAAAACAGGAAGCUGCAGAAGGAGCGCAAACUGUUUGAGAAGCACGCCUCCGCUGCCAGAGCCAUACCUGACAAGAAGGAACGAGAGGAGAUCCAGGAGUUGAAGCAGCAGCUGAGCUCCCUGCAGGAGGAGGUGAGGAGGAAGGAGGGCCGUUGGAGCUCCACACACAGCCGCCUGCGGCAACAGAUCGACUCCCUCAGCCAGGACAACAGCUCUCUGAGGGACGAGGUCCGCAUGUUGGAAAAGCUUCGCCUCAGUGGCUUGAAGAGAAACCCUGUAGAGGCAGAGAAGGACAAAGACAUGAAAGACGUGUCAGCUGUUACCAAAGGAGUCAAAUUUGCUAGUCCUCUUGACUCUAGAGGAAGCAGCAGCAGCAGCAGCAGCUUUGCUCCCCAGAUGAACACUGCUGCAGCCACUAGAGGGAGCUGCAGGGAGAGCAGUCAGGCUGCUACAGGAGGAAGGAAAAGCAGUCUGAGGAGGCCAUCAGGUCCAGGCUCCUCUUCUUCAUCCUCCUCUUCUUCAUACUCAGUGCCUUGCAGGAGGACAGAGGAGAGGACAGAGGAGAGGUCACCACCUGCCAGCAAGAGUCACGACAAACCGCCAAACCACGAAUAUUCACACAGCUGCUCUCUGAAAAUAACUAGACUGCCAGAUGAAGCAGACUGUGAUGAGGCCAGAGAGAUGGAAUCAGCUCAGGAAGUGAUCACACACCCUGAUGGGAAGACAGAGAAGGUUCUGCCCAGUGGAGAUCGCCUCAUUGUGUUCUCCAACGGGACCAGGAAGGAGGUUUCAGCAGACGGACUGACUGUCAAAGUCACUUUCUUCAACGGAGACACUAAAGAGAUCACAGCCGACCAGAGAGUGAUCUACUACUACGCCGAGGCUCAGACUACACACAUCACAUACCCAGACAGCAUUGAGGUCCUGCACUUCCCCAACAACCAGACUGAAAAGCAUUUCCCAGACGGCCGAAAAGAAAUCACCUUCCCAGAUCAGACGGUGAAGAACUUGUUCCCUGACGGCAGAGAGGAGAGCGUGCUGACAGACGGCACCAUCAUACAGGUCAACCCGGACGGCACAAAGGAGAUUCAUUUCAACACGGGUCAGAAGGAAGUCCACACCUCUGACUACAAGAGGAGAGAGUAUCCAGACGGCACAGUGAAGACUGUCUACACAGACGGAAGACAGGAAACUCGCUACCCUACAGGACGGAUCAGGAUCAAAGACAAAGAUGGGAACAUGAUCCUGGACAACAAGGCAUAG